AUGUACAGCUUCAUGGCAGGGGGUCUUUUCUGCGCCUCGGUUGGGAACAUCCUGCUGGUGGUUUGCACAGCCACUGACUACUGGGUGCAGUACCGGCUCCAGGGAGCCUUGGCCCACCAGGGCCUCUGGCGCUACUGUCUGGUGGGCAAGUGCUACAUGCAGAUGGAGAACAUUGCCUACUGGAACGCCACCCGGGCCUUCAUGAUCCUCUCUGCCCUGUCCUGCUUCGCUGGCAUCAUCACGGGGAUCUUGUCCUUCGCCCACCGAUCCACCUUCGAGAAAUUCAACCGGUCGUUCGCUGCUGGGAUAAUGUUCUUCGUCUCCACGCUCUUCGUCCUGCUGGCCAUGGCUGUCUACACCGGAGUCACCGUCAACUUCCUGGGCAAGCGGUUCGGGGACUGGCGCUUCUCCUGGUCUUACAUCCUGGGCUGGGUUGCCCUGCUCAUGACCUUCUUCGCAGGGAUAUUUUACAUGUGCGCGUAUCGGAUGCACGAUUGCCAGCGCGUGGCUGAGACGCGUUAA